AUGUUGUAUCGUACCGUAUCAUUCAUAAUCCUGCUAAUGAUGUUGGAAUGCGAUUCUAAAUGUCCCAAGAAUUGUCUGCAAUGCACAAGGACGAAGCCACGGAUGUGUUUACAAUGCCCACAGUUCCUGUAUCAAAGCGAAUGCAUAGAAGAAUGCCCAGAAGGGACUUGGGCAUAUAAUACGGGUAAACCUGACCGACCAAACAAUGUAUGCAUACAGAUGAGCACAUCCGUAGCAGACGAAGAAAACAUCUCCCCGGCAACGAUUGCUCCAUCGAACGAAGCUACUGAAAACCUAGACCAAACGACGUUGUUCAUUGUUAUAAUUGUGGUGCUCGUUAUAAUGUCUCUGAUUGUUACCAUCGUUUUAGUGUUUAAAUCAAAGAUGAGUGAGAAAAAGGAAAAUAACAAUGGUAUUGCAAGCGGGCACCAAGAUCAGAAUGACGAAAAUGAAUGUCUGGUAUCAGAGGAAGAUAGGUGUAGCCCGAGACAGUCAGGUGUUCAAUCAGAAAUACUGUGCUCUGUUGAUGAACAAAGUAAGAUGGAAGACACGGAGAUUCUUCAAUCAUUGACGAAACAACACGGAGAUGAGGAAAGUGGAGAUUUUGUUAGUCAAGCAAAUGAAAGUUCAAUAUUAAUACAGAACGAAUGUGACAAUAUCUCUGAAGAACAGGAAGAGGCCCAGGUUAGAUGCCAGGAAUCGGUCGAGGAAUGCCGCGACAGUACUUCAGGUUAUACUUCAAACUCAGACACAGAUCCAGGACCAUCCGUAUCCAUGAGAAGUGAUAAUCCUGCAUAUAGUCCAAGUGCAUGUCAACGGAUUAACGUUCUUGAUGGCCAACCUCAACCACUAAAGUCUUACAUAGAUGAAGACCCUCACUGUGCAGAGCCUCUACCGAAGUUGAAUAUGCAAGAUAUUGGCGAGCCCUACAUGAGAGCAUGUCUUCUACAAUUUGGUAAUACAUUACGAGAUACGCCAAUAGAACGAGUUUUCUCCACUAAUUUCACAAAUAAAGUAUUCGCAGGAGGUCUUUUCAACUUUGAAGGGGGAAACUUGAAAAUCGAAGACACUGGAGUAAAUUUAUUCAUUCCACCAGGAGCAAUUAGUAUGGAAGAUGGUACCAAACAGAUAUACAUAUACAUUAACCUGAGUAGAAUAACCAGAGGUGGCUUGUCGGGAAAUCAAAUCCACGUGACGCCCAUAGUGCAUUGUGGUCCUCCAGGAACCAAGUUCACACGUCCAGUCAUCUUGAGGCUACCCCAUUGCAUUACAGACAUCAACAUUUGGAAAGGCUUCUGCGUGGUGUCAAAUAGCAUGGUCAUUGCAGAGCCUCAGCUGUGGGAACCUCUGACGGAGCAAAAUAAUUCACAUUGGUUCAGCUAUGAAGAUUCGUUCAUGGCAUUCAUAUGUGGCUUCAGUGAUAAAGCAGUAUGUGCAUCAUCGCUGGCGACAAAGAAUGGUGCGACUCAGAAGAAUAUAUCAACCAAAUCAAUGAGAGUUGGUAUGUACUGUUCACUGCGGGAGUACAACCAACAUUAUUUAAUGAUACGUCUGUAUAUCUGGAAUGACACUAUAGCUGAUGAAAGAGUUGUAGAAGAGACUGAGAGACUUAUUGGAGGUCAGCAAUGCUGUACAACAAAGCAGAUUCAAAUUACUUCGGGAGGUGGUGAUUUAGUUGCCGAGAUUAUGUCAGUGGAACCAACAGACUGGGAUAUACAAAUAGGACGAUUGAGAAUUGACAACUCGGAAAUAUGGAAGAAUAACAAUAACAUUGCUCUUGAACAUGGGUCGGCAUUUUAUCUGAAAUAUAAGAAAACAGGAGAGGAACCAGCAGGUUUCAUCACAGCAGAUAUCGGUAUCCAUCCAGAUUGCUCUCCGGAGACUAUGGUGCUUGCAAUUGAAGUGGAUCUCUCAGACAUAUUCAGGAAGUCAUUCAACAAAUCAGCUAUGCAACUGCUGCCGAACUAUCGCCAAGGUUACCAGGUGUGCAAUGAAACAAGGGACGCCUACCAGCCAGCUGGCCAACAACGAGUGGUAACAGCGGAAAUCCUCUAUCCCCAGAAACGGGAAGGUAUUCCUGUUGGCGCGUAUUGGAUAGUCUAUGAUUUGGUUGACAAAGCACAGUCUUGGCGUAAUUUGGCGCGCAGUAUCGGGCUCACAAAUAUGCAAAGGGGCAACAUCAGUACUAUUGUAGAUUCAAAAGUACUGGAUCUUUUUUUCUUCUUGAGAAGAGAAAUCAAUACUUUUCAAGUUAUUGAUGAGUUAAAGAAUGCUUUGGCAGAGAUUGGAAUUAAGGGAAGUGAUAUUAGAUUGAUUGAUGAUAAAAAAUGGCAAGAUAGUGAGCGUGAACUUGGAAGUGAACGUGAUAGAGCACAUUAUUCAUUUGAUUUUCAUAUGCGACCAUGUGACAUCUUUACCUACCAGUCUCCGUCUCGUGUUGCAAAAAGUGUUCCCGAUUUAAGGCACCUAACCGUGACCCAAAAUCCCACAAUCAUCCGUGCCAUAGGACGUGAUGGAUUCUCCCCGUGCAAGACUAAACGCUUUCAGUCUAGUGCAAGCCUCGGCAUGUCUUGUGAUCGCUCUUCUGCAUUUUAUGAGAAUCAUUCAUUCUGUUCAUUGUUGUUGGAAAAAAGAAAAUACGUAUCUACUGAUAGAGACAUCGCUGUUACUGUGGAUAACGAGAUAGCCACGGUUGAUGUAAGUCGGAAAGAAGUAAAGAAGUGUUUACAAUAUCCAGUACCUGACACAAUUCCUGAUGAGAACAGAGACACGUCAUGGAAGUUUAAUGAAGGAAAGUGGUUAAAACGGAGCAAAACCAGACCUUCUUUGAAAAGAAAGAUGCAUGAAGCAAAUGCUACUUUACUCUAUCAAAUACUGUAA